ACUCAUACAACCUCCAGGCGUACCAGUCUGAGUUGCGCGUCUGCGCUCUCAACUUUUUUGUGUGCCUGAUUACAACUCCUCUGCAACUCUCACUUUUUCACUCUCCGGCAGCAAAGGGAUGUUCUCUGGAAGGAGGAGGAGGAGGUUACACCCGUGCUGAACAUUUCACCUUGGGACGUUUGGGAGUCAGGCUGAUAACUUCUUCCCGGAGAGUUUGUGAAUGGGGGUGACUUUUACGCAUCGAUUUGAGUGACGCACAGCGAGGUUUUUCAGAAGGACAAACUUUUUUUAAAUCCACACAUCACUUUUUUUUUUUUCAAUUAUCUUCGUUUUCUUCCAAGGGAUCGUUUUAUGGAGGAUCUCGCAGAUCGAUUCUCUUGAGAGAACUUUCGUAAACUUCAGCAGCGAACUUCUAUAUCACUUUUUUUUUUCUUCUUUUAACUUUAACUUCUCGAGCAACCUCUCUUGACCUUUCACGGGAUCCUUACUUCCACAGCAUCUACCUUUCCCCCCGCGGAUUUCAAUUAUCAUCGCUUGGGAAGUAAUCUAAGUGGAUACCAUGCCUCCGGAGAAGCGUGCUGCGCUGUGCCGGUUUGGGGCUUUGGCUCUGGCGCUGCUGCUGUGCGCUGCCUCGGUGACUGGAUGCCCGCACAAGUGCAGCUGCUCCGGGUCGCAUGUGGACUGCCAGGGUCUCGGUUUGAAGACCGUGCCAAAGGGAAUACCGAGGAAUGCUGAGCGCCUGGAUUUGAACAGAAACAACAUCACCAGGAUCACUAAAGUGGACUUCUCUGGCAUCAAGAACCUCAGGAUUCUUCACCUGGAGGACAACCAGAUCACUGUCGUUGAGAGAGGAGCCUUCCAAGACCUCAGACUGCUGGAGAGACUUCGUCUGAACAGAAACAAACUCCAGUUCCUCCCAGAGCUUCUCUUCCAGUCCAACCCCAAACUAGGACGACUAGACCUGAGUGAGAACCAGAUCCAAUCGGUUCCAAGGAAGGCUUUCAGAGGAAUCACCAGUGUCAAGAACCUGCAACUGGACAGCAACCACAUCAGCUGCAUUGAAGAUGGAGCUUUCCGAGCGCUGCGCGAUCUGGAGAUUCUCACCCUCAACAACAACAACAUCACCCUCAUCCCCCUGUCCAGCUUCAACCACAUGCCCAAGCUGCGGACGCUUCGUCUGCACUCCAACAACCUCCACUGUGACUGUCACCUGUCCUGGCUCUCUGAUUGGCUCAGAGCCAGGCGAGGCUUGGCUCCCUUUACCCAGUGCAUGGCCCCCGCCCACAUGAGGGGCCUUAACGUCCCUGAUGUGCAGAAGAAGGAUUUUGUCUGCAAUGGUCAAGCACAGACAGAGCCAAGGACUUGUGUUCCUCAGGUGGCUGUGUGUCCACCCACCUGCAGCUGCAACAACAACAUUGUGGACUGUCGUCGUAAAGGUCUCACAGAAAUACCAGCCAACCUCCCCGAGGGCAUCGUAGAGAUACGUUUGGAGCAGAACUUGAUUAAAAGUGUCCCCGCUGGAGCCUUUUCUGCAUACAAGAAGCUCAAGAGAAUUGAUUUGAGUAAGAACCAGAUUUCUGACGUUGCUGCCGAUGCUUUCAGCGGCCUUCGCUCACUCACCUCACUGGUGUUGUAUGGCAACAAGAUCACAGAGCUGCCCAAGGGAUUGUUUGAUGGACUGGUUUCCCUGCAGCUACUGCUGCUGAAUGCCAACAAAAUAAACUGUCUACGAGUCAACACCUUCCAGGAUCUGCAGAAUCUCAACCUGCUGUCUCUGUACGACAACAAACUGCAAACAAUCAGCAAAGGCCUUUUUGCCCCUCUGCGUGCCAUCAAGACACUUCAUCUGGCACAGAAUCCCUUUAUGUGUGACUGUCACCUGAAGUGGUUGGCAGACUACCUGUUUGACAACCCUAUUGAGACCAGUGGAGCACGCUGCAGCCAUCCCAGAAGGCUGGCCAACAAACGCAUCAGCCAGGUUAAAGGAAAGAAGUUCAGGUGCACAGGUCAGGAGGACUACCGUAGCCGUCUGAGCGGAGAGUGUUUCCAGGACUUGGUGUGUCCUGAGAAAUGUCGCUGUGAAGGCACCGUGGUGGACUGCUCCAAUCUCAAACUAACCCGUGUACCUCCACACAUACCUGACCACACCACAGACCUGAGGCUAAACGACAAUGAGAUUGCUAUCCUGGAGGUUACAGGGACGUUUAAGAAGCUGCCCAACUUGAAGAAGAUCAACCUGAGCAACAACAAGCUGAGAGACAUCCGUGAUGGUACAUUUGAUGGAGCGGGUGGAGUUUUGGAGCUGCUGCUAACGGGGAACAAGUUAACAGGACUGCAGGGACGCAUGUUCAGAGGGCUGACUGGCCUAAAAACUCUUAUGCUAAGGAGCAACCAGAUAAGCUGCAUCGACAACAGCACAUUUACAGGUCUGAGCUCAGUCCGUCUGCUGUCUCUGUACGACAACCGGAUCACCAGCAUCGCCCCAGGAGCUUUCUCCACCCUGCACUCCCUGUCCACAAUUAACCUCCUCUCCAACCCGUAUGUGUGUGACUGUCAUUUGUCCUGGCUGGGUCAGUGGCUGAAGAAGACCAGGGUGGUCAGUGGAAACCCUCGCUGUCAGAAGCCGGCUUUCCUGAAGGAGAUUCCCAUCCAGGAUGUGGCCACUCCUGACUUCACAUGUGACGGUGCUGAGGAUAAUGGUUGUCUUCCUUCGUCUGGUUGUCCUGACGUCUGCACGUGCUCAGACGGCGUAGUGCGAUGCAGCAACAGAGGGCUGCACUCUCUGCCCAAAGGCAUUCCCAAGGACACCACAGAGCUGUACCUGGAGGGUAAUAUGCUGACAUCUGUGCCCAAGGAGCUAGCAGCCCUGAAGCAGCUGUCACUGGUGGACCUAAGCAACAACAGCAUCAGCAUAUUGGCUUCGUAUACCUUCAGCAACAUGACUCAACUGGCCACACUCAUCCUGAGCUAUAACCAGAUUCGCUGCAUCCCGGUCCAUGCCUUUGACGGGCUCAAGUCACUACGCCUGCUCACUCUCCACGGUAAUGACCUUUCAACGAUACCUGAAGGGGCUUUCAACCACCUCACCUCGCUGUCCCACCUUGCUCUUGGUGCCAACCCUCUGUACUGUAACUGUGACCUGCGCUGGCUCUCUCAGUGGGUCAAGGCUGGUUUUAAAGAGCCCGGCAUUGCUCGUUGUACUGGACCACCUGACAUGGCUGACCGGCUUCUUCUCACCACACCGCUCAACAGAUUUCAGUGUAAAGGUCCGGUAGAUAUCAGCCUGAUGUCCAAAUGCGCCCCCUGUCUGGCAGCACCCUGCCAAAACAAUGGCACCUGUGUCUCAGAUGCUACUGGAUCUUACCACUGCACAUGUCCAUAUGGAUUCAAGGGUCAAAACUGUGAAGUUCCCAUCAAUGCCUGCAUUAGUUUCCCCUGCUCUAAUGGAGGAACCUGCCACAUUCAGCCUGGACAUGAAGACCACUACAGUUGUGUGUGUCCACCAGGAUAUGAGGGCCCGCGAUGUGAAAUAAACCCAGAUGACUGUGAAGACAACGACUGUGAGAACAACUCCACCUGUGUAGAUGGAGUCAACAACUACACCUGCCUCUGUCCACCAAACUACACAGGUGACCUGUGCGAGGAGGUGCUUGACCCUUGUCUCCAUGGUUUUGACCCCUGUCAGCACGAUUCAAAGUGUGUCCAAGUCGGCCGCAGCUACAGGUGCGAGUGUUUACCCGGAUACGUGGGCCAACACUGCGAACAGGACUAUAACGACUGCUUGGAGAAUAAGUGUCAACACGGAGCGGAGUGUGUGGACGCCGUCAAUGGCUAUACCUGCGUCUGUAAAGAGGGUUUCAGCGGCCUGUUCUGUGAGAACCCUCCACCAAUGAUCUUACUGCAGACCAGCCCCUGCGACCAAUCGGAUUGCCAGAAUGGUGCCCAGUGCCUGGUGGUUGCCGGGGAGCCCGUCUGCCGCUGCAUGCCCAGUUUCUACGGCAGCAAAUGUGAGAAGAUAGCGACUGUGCACUUCCUUGGUCGGGAUGGGUACGUGGAGCUGCCAGGCGCUAAGCUCCGACCCACUGCACAUAUUUCAUUACAGGUGGCUACAGAUAAAGACAAUGGCAUUCUGUUGUACAAGGAGGACCAUGACCCGCUGGCACUGGAGCUCUACCAGGGGCACAUCCGACUCAUCUACGACAUCGCCAACUACCCACCCACCACUGUGUACAGCGUGGAGUCUGUGAAUGACGGCCUCUUCCACACAGUCGAGCUGUUGAUCCAGAACCGCUCACUGAGCCUGGUGGUGGAUAACGGCGCCCCCAAGAGCCUGGGCAAGCUAGCACGGCAGCCCUCUGUAGACCACAACACCCAGCUUUACAUUGGAGGUGUGCCAGCUCAGGUGGUGGCCUUAGGUCUCCGGCCUGGACCUGAACGUUCCCCUCAGGGUUUUAACGGCUGCAUCCACAACGUCAGAAUCAACGGGGAGCCUCAAGACCUGAGUUACCGAACUGCCAGAGGAGCUCGACCCCAGGGAGUUGAAAGCAAGGCCGAUGGUAUUCUCGCAGGGUGUCACUCCUGCAGUGUGUGUGCGCAGGGUGCGUGCAGGGAGGGAGGAGACACAGGUGUAACAUGUGAUUGUCCUCCGGGACGAAGCGGAGCCCUGUGUGACCAGAUGACAGCACCGAGCCCUUGUCAGAACAGCAGAUGUGUGAAUGGCCUGUGUGUGCCGAAGGGUCAGUCCUACAGUUGCAAGUGCAGUGAUGGCUACCAGGGUCAGUACUGUGAUAGACGGCAGGAGCCUCCAGCCUGCAGGGGGCAGCGCUGCGGACACGGGGAGUGUCGAGUUUCUGAGGCAGGCGAGCCUGUCUGUCACUGUCAGCCAGGGUACACUGGACCUGCCUGUGAUACAGAGUUUACAUGUCAAGGAGAGAUGGUGAGGGAGCAGCUGAAGCGCCACCAACCAUUGAGAACAUGCACGUCCACCAGCAAGAUUCCCCGUAUGGAUUGUCCCCGGUCCUGCCAGGCAGCAGCUCCCCCGGAUGUCUGCUGCGGCGUCACCAAGAGCAGGAGGAGGAAGGUGGUUUUCCGCUGCACUGAUGGCACCUCGUACUCGGAGGAGAUGGAAACUGCUCUGGAUUGCGGCUGCUCCAAGUGCCCGUUGUAACAGCACUGCAGUUUGUUACUUUUGUUUCGCAACACCCGCCACGGCCAUUUUGUGAAUCCCACGUGUCAAAGAGGCUGUCGCUCUGAGAUUUUUCCACGCUGAUGAGCACAACCAUUAUGUGAUUUUUUUCUAACACCUUCAGUUUGACCGCUGCCUUUAGAAACCACGAAGAUAAAAAAAAAUGGGACAUGUGUGUGUGUUUUUUUUUUGACAGAGAGAAAAUAUAUUGUAAGAUAUAAGUGAGAAAAACAUAGAACUUAUUUUUAUUAUGGAUUUUUUUCUCUAAAAGAUGAUAAAAGGACUGAUAAGUUGUUUUUUUAAUAUGUCGAUUAUAUAUUGUGUUACAUAGUAUGAAAAGUUAUUUUGUACCUUGUAAGGAGAAAAAAAUACACAGCAAAGUAGAUUAACAUUCCUUAAAAGUAUAUGAAUUUAUAUGUAUGUAAAAAUCUAUAUAAAUAUGUACCCUAACCGAUGAAAUUUAUAUUUUCAAAGUGUAUCUGCAUGAUGUUAAUGUGAGUGCUGAUGCGUGGGAGGCUCUGGACACUGAGAGAGAGGAGAGCCUUCUUUUGUCGCCCUCUCUCCUUGAAGAAAAGGGAACUGUUGGUGCCUAGCUAACCUGCUUCAUUAUAUAACGGACAUCAUCCUCACAUGUGAGCUCUUGGAGAAAACAUCAGAGACUCUUUCCACAGAGAUGAUCUAACAGUUUGUUCUAACUAUGUGUUAUUCUCUAGUUUGCUGUUGCACACCAGACUUGGAGCUGCUUGAGGUUAAACAUGGAACUCUAAUAGACUCUUGAUUUUCAUUGAAAAUGAUACAUUUUAAGUGAGAGUGUCAUUCAAAUCAACAAAAUAAAACAUACUGGUAAGCUAAGCAUCAUGCUCGUUUGUACCUGAGGUAUAAGCUGAGCUUACAAAUAGAUACUAAGGAAAUCCCUGAUGAGUUAAAAUAGCUUGUAACAAAGAUUCAGAUGAUCAAAAGGAGAUAUUUUUAUCCAAUCAUUUUAUCCAAAUGAGUUUUUUAACAAAGCAGCAUUUUAAGCCCCUCUGUGGUUACACGUUUAAAUGUGCCUCACUGCUGGCUGUAGAGAGAGGUUUGCUCUCUUGCACCUGUAACCACACCUAACAGGGAUGCCACAAUAUACUGACACAACCAAGGGUUCAUUUUGCACCACUGCAGCAAGAUAAGAUGUUAAAGGCACUGUGAGGAGUUAACUGACUUUUGAAUAGUGUAAUCUUGAUAUUCGGCACUCACCCAGGGGAGAUUUGUCCUCUUUAGAUACUCCAUUCAUCUGCUUCCACAACAAAUGCACACUUUGUCAAGAGCCAUGUCUUUACGACCAUGGGUGAUGGUGUUCAUGAGAAAUGCAGUAAUCAGCCUGGAAAAACAAUACUGAUUUUAUUCUUAGGGGUCACCGGAGUCAAAACAGCAUUGUGAGGAAAACUCCUCACAAUGCCUUCAAAUCACUGCAGAAAAAAACAUUUCCAGCUGGUCUGAGUUUUUUUUUUGAAUCAGCUGCUCUAAACAAGAUGAUUUUCUGAGUGGACAUGAAAGCUAAAACAAAUGAAGCCAUUAAACCAAAGUUAGCUGUAUUUGCCUUAAAAAAGUAUGUCAAAUCAUAGAGUGCAUUUGUCUGCUUUAACAGAUUUAAGUGCCUUUAUGUAGGCCUACAUUUGUUUUCAAACUCAAGAAAUUUGCUGCAAUAUUGUCAGCAUCUGCUCCUGAAUGUUUGAUGUUUUAGGAUUGGUAAAGGUGUUGAUGUGCCACAUGUGACAGUUGCAACCAUCUCCAUUAAAACACACACAAAACAUUAUGGUAGCCUUCUUCAGUCCCCAAAGGGACAAAUAAAUAUCUCACUGAUGUGUGGAAAGUCAAGAUAAUUCAAACAGUUCAGGGUGUCAAAAGAAGUGAAGUCUUAAUCAUGCUACAGUCCUUCCUAAUGAACUAUUUGUUGUAAAAAGUAUAUCUUUAUAGCCUUGUAUUGAAUGUGAAAACACAGCGUCAACCCAUUUCAUUUUUUACUCCCACAGUGUUAAUAUGUGAUGCAUUCAGUGUUUUAUAAGGUCAUAUUAUGAAGUGCAGAUGGUAUUUUUUGGAUUACCACAAGGUGCUUCAGGGCCUGUGUUCACUAACACCGCUUUUUGAGCUGGCAGCACCCAUGACCUCUGUUUAGGGGCCUUCCCAUCAGCGUUUGCAGUUGCUACUUCCCUUUGUGUUAAGCUUGAUGUUUGCUUUUAAUUAACAACAUUUGACCGGAAAAAAAAACCCCCAAACAAACAGAAAAGGCAUUUCCUAGCAUUAGCAACUCAAUGCUAGGAAAUGCAUUGAAAAAAAAAAAAAGUUUGUCUUUCUCCAUUGUUGUGGGCAAAUAACAAGUAUUUGAAGUCCCCUUCUUGAUUUUGAUUGGCUGGUGAGGCAGAAGUGACAUUGAUGAGCGCAGCUGUAUUCCAAAACUGAGAAAACUGUGAGUGCAGGGAAUAGAAAAUAAAAAAAGAUAGGGCCUCUCAGAUGUUUUUGCUCACGAUGCCUUAGUACUGUAAACACUGAAUUACAUUGGUGUUGCAAUGAAAGUAGAUGCUGCAAGUGCACAAAGUCCUGUUGGUGGACACAAGCCUUUGAUGUGUCUGUAAAAAACAGUAUUUCCAUUAAGUCUAUACUUCAAAAAUGUAUACUUUUUAAUUCACACAGAAGCUUUUUUAAUAACAACUUUGCUAAGUUUUGCAAUGUUUCACCUAGUCAGGAUGGACACAUGAAAGAAUCUGAUAUGAGCAAAGGUACCGCAACACAGCUGACAGAAACUCUGCAUAGAUGACUAACAUGAUUAAAAGUAUAUAAUGUAACUACUACUGUAUUGUUUACUUUUACGUUAUUGCUUUGUUUACAACAGAUGCAAAGUAUUGUCACAUUUUCUGAUGUAUUUACUGCUCUACUUUUCUGGGUUUGACAUUUAUCAGUAUUAUUCUCAUCUGGAAAGGUCAGCUUUCCAUCUGUUUUUUCCACCAGUUCCUCAUUCUCAUAAGUCUUAAUUCAUUUCCCUUCCUCUUCCUACUUUCUCCUGCCUCCUGUAGACUUAACCUGUAUGUGCUCAUUUGUUCAGCCUUUACCUCAUCCUGCCUUUCUUUGCCCGGUUUAUCUCUUCUCUUUCUGACCCUCCAGCCUUACUUCUUCAUUGGGAACACAAUCAGACAUCUUAGCUGUUUUUGAGUAUCAACAAUAAAACCAGUAAUAUCAUGUCAGUCAUUUCCAUUUUCCCGGUCUCUGGUUACAAAACACAUAAAUAUGUGAGUGAUAAUAAUUGAUGCAUAUGUUGAAUGUUAAAAUUAAACUACCAUUGAAACCAUAAAAAA